AUGCGUGCCUUCAUUGUCUUGUGUUUAGUGGCUGUUGCCUGUGCCCAAUACAACUACCAACCUGGAAGCGGUGGUGGUGGUAACAACUAUGGCUCUGACGGUGGAUACGGUGGUAGCAGCUCGGGCCCUGGAUUUGGUGGCAGCAGCGGCGGUGGCCCAUCUUUCGGUGGUAGCGGUGCCUCGGGUCCCUCUUUCGGCGGUGUCGGUGCUUCUGGUCCCUCUUUCGGUGGCAGCAGCGGCGCUGGUCCUUCCUUCGGUGGUAGCGGUGCCUCGGGUCCCUCUUUCGGUGGCAGCAGCGGUGCUGGUCCCUCUUUCGGUGGUAGCAGCGGUGCUGGUCCCUCUUUCGGUGGUAGCGGUGCUUCUGGUCCCUCUUUCGGCUCAUCCUCCCAGGAAGCCCCAGUCCAAGCUGCUCCCGAAAAGGAAUUCAUUACCUACACUGCCAACGAUGAAGAUUUCCAUGAUCCCGCUGCCACUCAACAAUUCGCCAACUCCGUGAAACAAGGUCUCCGUGUUGUCUUCAUCAAGGGCCCCGAAAGCAGUGGCUUGGAAGAUGCCGCCCUCGCCUUGGCCAAGAACGCUGCCAGCCAACAAACCGCCAUCUAUGUCCUCAACAAGCAAACCGACCUCGCCGCUUUGGCCAACAAAUUGAACGCUGAGAACAGCAACUCCAACAACAAACCCGAUGUUCACUUCGUCAAAUACCGCACCCCAGAGGAUGCCAUCAAUGCCCAAAAGGCCAUCCAAGGUCAAUACGAUGCCUUGGGCGGUCAAUCGCAACACAUCGAUGGUGGCGUUGCCCCCUCCUUGAACUUUGCCUCCCAACCUGCCUUUGCUCCCUCUGGUGCUCCCGGUGGCGCUGCCACCAGCAACACCUACCUUCCCGCCUCCGUCCACCGCCGUCGUUUGCGCUUGAAGUAAACUGGCGUAAGUGCCGCGAAGUGAAGAAGCUGUUA